AUGGGCUAUUGUUUCCGGUUCCUCGGUUUAAAAAAGCAACCAAUUACUUCGAUAAAUCUCACUAGUGAAAACCUGAAGAACGCAGAAACAGUUUUGUGGAAACUAGCACAAACAGAGUUUUCCGACGAAGUAGCCGUGUUGAAGCAUAACCGUGACACAGCCGAUAAUAACAAGAGAAAGCUCCCAAAGUCUAGCCAAAUUGCCAGAUACGACCCAUUUUUAGAUGAAGCUGGGAUUCUGCGAGUGAACGGCCGAAUGGAAGCAGCAGACUGGUUGACCUACGACGCAAAGUUUCCCAUCAUACUGCCCAAAAACCAUAAGAUCACUGAGCUUCUCAUAGAUUGGUAUCAUCGUCAAUACAAACAUGCUAACAACGAGACUGUUGUAAACGAAGUGAGGCAAAAAUUCCACGUACCUAAGUUAAGAGUCCAAGUACAACGGGCGACGAAGAACUGCAUGUGGUGUCGAGUGUACAAGGCCACACCAGCUGCUCCAAGGAUGGGUCCACUUCCGAGAGUGCGAAUCACUCCCUACGUACGUGCAUUCACUUAUACAGGAAUCGAUUACUUUGGACCAUAUUUAGUAAAAGUCAAGAGAUCUGCAGAGAAACGAUGGGUAGUACUCUUCACUUGCCUUACCAUCCGUGCGGUGCAUUUAGAAGUAGCAUCUUCGCUGACAAGUGAUUCUUGCAAAAAGGCCAUUCGUCGGUUCAUAGCUCGUCGAGGACCACCAGAAGAAAUAUACACAGACCACGGAACAAAUUUUGUUGGUGUAAGCCGGGAACUGAAAACCGAACUAAAAAAUAUUAACGAGGACAUGUGUAGCAGUUUCACCGACACGUCGACACAAUGGUACUUUAUCCCACCUGCUGCUCCGCACAUGGGUGGUUGUUGGGAAAGGAUGGUUAGAUCGAUCAAAACGGCGUUAGGAUCAAUCCCGACUUUGAGAAAACUGGACGACGAAUCUUUAAUAACUGUACUGGCGGAGGCUGAACAUAUGGUUAACUCUAGACCAUUGACAUUUAUUCCUCUUAAAACAGAAAAUGAUGAGUCUUUGACACCAAAUCAUUUUUUGCUCCUUAACUCAAAGGGGACUCACCAAGGAAUCAAACCAUAUGUUCCAACGGAUGCUGCUAUUAGGGGGAGUUGGGACCUUAUCCAACAAGUUCUACAAACGUUCUGGUGUCGCUGGAUAAAAGAAUAUCUUCCAACCAUCACUAGGAGGACAAAGUGGUUUGAAGAGGUGCGUCCAAUCCAAGAAGGUGAGUUGGUUGUAGUAGUUGAUGAGGGUGUCAGAAACAAGUGGACAAGGGCUAGAGUACUGAAGACUUUUCCGGGUAAAGAUGGCUUAGCUCGACACGCUGAUCUUCGGACUAAUAGAGGAAUAUUAACAAGACCGUUCACAAAAUUAGCACUGUUGGACGUAGGAGUGCAUGACACCGAAGCCAAUGUUACGGUGACAUGAGGGGGAGGAUGUUACGUGCUAUUUUGCCCUGCAGUUCCCGACGUGAGAUCGUGGACUCUCCAAGAGUGGAUGUUCUCUUGGCCUAUUUUGACAGCUGCUGAUAACCACGUGAACUAGCUUAUAAUUCAUUAUUUCCCGAAUUGUAUCUGUAUAAGAAAGCACAUUUCGAAGAGCAGUUACAAUUCAUUAUUUGAUUCCAACA